AUGGAUAGUAUUAAGGCAGUAUCCGAUGAGAAGCCACUGUCUGCCGAGCAGGCCUUCGAUUCUAUUGGCCCGGCCUACGAGACGGCCUUCGAAGGCGACCCCGAACAGUUGGUUUCAAUCAAGUGGUUGCUCUCCCAGCUCGAGGCCGCAAACAUUAAUGGCGCGCGCCUCGUCGAUAUCGGUUGCGGGACCGGGAAGCCUGUGUGCGGGGCACUCGCCGCCGCAGGUCACGACGUGCUGGGCAUCGACGUCUCGGCCGCCAUGGUUGAGGCGGCGCGUGAGCGUGUCCCCACCGCCCGGUUCGAGCAGGUCAACAUGCGCGACUUCAUCGCCAGCGCCGCCCAAGGAUCCUUCGAUGCCGUCACCGUGUACUUCAGCAUGAUCGCUAGUAUGACGCAGGAGGAGAUUAAACAGUUCAUCGCUGGCAUCUACAGGCUUAUUCGGCCCGGCGGCUUUUUUGUGUUUGCAACUGUGCCCGUUUCCGCCGAGAACCUCCAGAUCAAGUUCUUGGGUCGGCUGAUACAGGUUUCCAGCCUGGGGCCCGAGGAAGCCGUCGAAUGGAUCAAGGAAGUCGGUUUUCAUGUUGAGCGCGAGGCGAUCACCAAGUUUACGCCAAAGGGCGUUGAGGCGGGCAUCUGCAACUCUGAAGAAGUAUCAGAGGAGCCACACUUGUUUGUUUAUGCGAAGAAGCCAGCUAUUUGAAAAACCUAAGCUAGAGUAGGAAGGUAGAUAGAAUAAUAUUGAUUGAAGUUAUAUAAGC